UAUCCCCCUAAUGCUAGCCAUUAUCCUCCAUCUUUCCUCUUUUCUUAUGAUUCAUGGCCAACUCUCUGCAAUAACGGGUGAGCUUGGAAACAACCCGAACCAGGUUCAAACAUACAUCGUCCACGUGCAGAGGCCCAAUCGCACGAACUUACACCAUGAAAUCAACAGGGUGAACUACCACAAAUCCUUCCUACCAAACACCACCCUAGACUCGGGCAAGCCUCGGUUGGUCUACUCCUAUCGUGAAUCAAUUAGCGGAUUCGCUGCCCGACUCACUGCUAAUGAAGUUCAUGCAAUGGCGUCGACUGAUGAUUUCCUUUAUGCCUAUCCGAACCGCCGUCACCCACUCCUCACCACUUACACACCUAACUUCUUAGGCCUAAAUGAUCGUGAAAGCAUUUGGUAUGAUAGUGGCUAUGGCGAGGGGGUCAUAAUCGGAAUUCUCGACACUGGUAUAUUUCCCUCUCACCCUUCUUUCAAUGAUAAAGGUGUACAUGCGCCUCCAUCUAGAUGGAGGGGAACUUGUGAUUCGAGCACCUGCAACAAUAAGAUCAUCGGUGCAAGAGCAUUUCAGGGUGGUGUACCAACCUCGGUUGAUGAUGAUAGUAUUGGGCAUGGAACCCAUGUGGCUAGCAUUGCAGCAGGAAACUUUGUUGACGGUGCAAAUUUUCUCAACAAUGCGAAUGGAACAGCAUCAGGGAUGGCACCAAAAGCUCACCUGGCAAUUUAUAAAGUCUGCUCAAGAGAUGGGUGUGAUGACAGUGAUAUAUUAGCAGGCAUAGAUCAAGCUAUAUACGAUAACGUGGAUAUAAUAUCGAUCUCCAUAGGCUCUCAUUUUCCAACUUCACAAGAGGAUGAUGAGACUGGUGUUGGACCCCACCCUUUCUAUGAGGAUAGCAUCGCUAUAGGCUCUUUUUCAGCACUGAGGCAUCGCAUCCUUACUGUUGUUGCUGCAGGUAAUGAUGGACCAAAGGAAAGAACGGUAGUCAAUGAUGCCCCAUGGCUACUUACAGUGGGAGCAAGCUCCACAGAUAGAAGAAUAAGGGCAACUGUAAGACUCGAAAACGGAACAGAACUAGAUGGAGAAUCCGCUUACCAACCAGAAACAUUCAAUUCCACAAUGUUACCCCUUGUAUUUCCUGGAUUUGAAGGUCAAGGCGGCAAAAGGGGUUGUGUCAUUGACUCCUUCGAUAAAAUAGAUGUUAAAGGAAAGAUUGUGAUGUGUGAGACUGGAUACAACGUCACUAACAUUGAAAAGGGAAAGAAUGUAAAGAUGGCAGGAGGCGCUGCCAUGAUAAUACUGAACCAAAACGAGCAAGGAGAUACUACAUUUUCUGAAGCUCAUGUCCUUCCUGCAGCCCAUAUAAGCUUCGGCGAUGGACUUAAAAUCAUAUCCUAUGUCAAAUUGUCCACAAACUCCACUCCUAAAGCAACUAUAAUAUUCAGAGGCACACAGUUUGGGGCUCUUCCAUCUCCUGCAGUUGCCUCCUUUUCUUCUAGAGGGCCAAGCAUGGUAAAUGGCGGCAUCCUGAAGCCAGAUAUCGUUGGGCCCGGCACAAACAUUCUAGCAGCAUGGCCAGCUGAGAUUAUAACUAAUCCCAUGACAGCUUCUGGUUCAAAUUUCAACAUUCUCAGUGGCACCUCUAUGUCUGCAUCUCAUCUUGUUGGGAUUGCAGCACUACUCAAGAGCAGUAAUCCUAACUGGCCACCAUCUACGAUAAAAUCAGCAAUCAUGACCACAGCAGACAAACUAGACCAUGAAGGAAAGCCUAUUGUAGAUGAGUAUAAUGGCAUUGCAAGCCCCUUUGCCUUAGGUGGUGGACACGUAAACCCAUCAAAAGCCAAUGACCCAGGUCUCGCUUAUAACCAUCAUUCUCAAAGUUACAUCAGGUAUCUUUGUGGCUUAGGAUAUACAGACCGACAAAUCGCUACUAUCACCCAACACCAGAUUCGGUGCUCCAGGAUUCGUGAAAAGAGUGCAGAGGAACUAAAUUAUCCGUCGAUAUCAUUGUCUUUGGGAUCUCCUUCAAGAAAGACUAUCAGACGGAAGGUGAAAAAUGUAGGGGAGGCGGAUUCAGUCUACUCUGUGAAGAUAGAAGCACCGGAGGGUGUGAGAGUGGAGGUUGAUCCUUACAGACUCCAGUUUCAUAAACGCUAUGAGAGAAGACACUUCUAUGUGACAUUUACUGCCAAAGCACCAGCUCGAAGAAAAGGGCAGGUUUCUGAAGGUCAACUUUCUUGGGUCUCAGACAAGCAUGUUGUAAAGAGUCCCAUUUCUGUUACUUUUACCUAGAAUCAAUCGUGAUCUUGUAUUCACGUUGUGCUUUAAUAUGAAUAUAUUCAUCUCUUGUGAAGGCUAAGUUCAACUAAGAAGCAUGUAAUUGAUCCUAACAACUAACAAGCAAACCAAUACCACUAGUUUCUCUAGCAUAAAGAGGACAGGGUUAUUUCUUGUUUCCUACAACUUUUCGUGUGAAACUCUUAACCGAAUUAUAUGUUAUGGUCCAUGACAGCGGUGUCAGUUCUGGUAAUAUUUCUUUCUUUUGCAUGCUUCUUGUUAGUGUAUAUAGUUUAAGAGCAAGAUAACAAAAGGAGAAACAAUGAAGAGCGAGCCGUCAUAUUAACGUGAGUGUUACAUUAAAUGUUACGCUGCUCUACAACAGUAGCUGGGUAUUUUCUGAACAGAGAUGGAUCACUAAACCCUAGCAUCCUAUUUGACCUAUCUCCGUUUUAAGGCUUAAAUUGUGAAGUGUUUCCUUGCCUUUUUUUGUACUCUAGGAGGUUGUAACCUGCUUAUUUUCAUAUAUCAUGCAGACCUAAAUCUGACAACCAUUUUGCUCAUUGGCUACUACCUAGAUACGACAGAUCUUAGCCAAAAAAAAAAUCAAUCCCAAUCAUUGUAGUGAUGGAGAAGAGUUAUGCAUGUAACUAUAGGAGAAAGUAUACAAUGCAGGUCGGCCAGAUUGGAAAGGUUUGAUAGCAGAAAGUGUGGUGAUAAUGCAUCAAAAUCAUAGCACCUUGCUAUAUUACAAAGAGCAAAAACCGCAGCAAAUCAUCUAUGAAUAAAUUCGGGAGUACAACAUAUGACCAACAAAAUAAAGUAAAGCAUUUAUUGCUGAAUGGAAUACUAUGCCAGAAAAUGAAUAUUGAACUCCACACCACAAAGUGAACCCAAAAGUAUAAAAAAAUAUUUUCUCCCUAUUUUAUUUUAUUUUUAUUAUCAUCUAAUACUCUUCGUUGUUUAAAAUAUUGAAGCUUUUUGCCACUAAAGCUCCCUUAAAUUCCUCAAAAGCUUCAAGAAAGUGAUAAUAUACUUUAGCCCAAUAACCAAUUUUGUCCCAAAAUAAGAAACAAGUAGUUGUACCAUCAUCUUGAGCUCACAUGACAAAUAAUAGGCUGCACAUGAUGCAGCGGCAGCAGCAACAAUGCCAACCAAGCACAAAGUGUUCCUACUUUAGAUAUGUUUGGCAAUGCAGCAUGAUUCUCCUAAUCAACAAUACUACAGAAGGAUCAAUCAUAAUUUUACAGUGGAAGCACCUAUUUUUAGUUUACUGUCAAUCCUCUGAGCAGGUACAAAUUCCUAUGGAAACAGUGCUUUCUAAACCUGGAAAGCUAGUAGACAAGCAAGGAACUCGCAUUAUUGCAAGUAACCUAUAAGCAUAUCGAUGAGCAGGAUUAUUAUUACCAAGGAGCAAACCGAAACACAUCCAAACGCUAUGUGGCUGAAAUAACAAUC